AUGUCACCCGGCCCUCUCUGCAGUGACCCUGCACAGCAAAGGAUGCUGGGAAAUAACAAACACUAUUAUCCCGGGGAGGGCGACAAGGAUGGGGAGGAUGAGGAAGAGGAAGAGGAGCAGGGACAAGAUAACAACAAGGGGGAUGGUAGAGAGAAGGAGAAUGGAGGGAUGGAAGGGCUCGAGGAGAUUGAGAUGAAGGGAGGCAGACAAUCACGCGAAGGGAAAGGGGAGGGAGGUAAACCCUCAGCCAUUGUGGUUGGAAGGCAGAGAGGGGACCGGACACUGAGGCCAGACAAUCCAGGAAAUAGAGGCAUCCCUUAUACGUCCAAUCAGGCCCCUCAUAAGCAGCAGCACCAGCAGCAGUAUCACCCGGCCCCAUCCACUCAGACCCAGAAAAGACGUGCUCACAUGGAGCGCAGUAUGACCACAGUGGCGCCCAUAGAGGACACUCGACUGACCAUGAUGGUGUUCCGCAUUGGAAUCCCUGACAUCAAACAGACAAGGUGUCUGCAGUUUGACCCUGACUUCACAGUUUGGAGCGCCAAGCAGGAGGUCAUCUGUUCGCUGAGCGAGCCACUGUGGGACGUCUAUAACUAUGGCCUCUUUCAACCCGCCGGAGACGGAUGCGAUGCCAUGUUCCUGGAGGAGGAGUGCUGCCUCCGAAACUACCCACAGUCCUUUGAGAAAGGGGUGCCUUACCUGGAGUUUAGGUACAAGACCAGGGUAUACAAACAGACAAACCUGGAUGAAAAACUACUUACAAAAUUGCACACCAAGGUGAGUCUGAAAAAGUUCAUGGACUACAUUGCAAGUGGAUCAAUAGAUAAGAUGUCAAAAGCCCUGGAAAAAGGUCUCGACCCAAACUACCAUGACCCUGACAACGGAGAAUCCCCACUGUCUGUGGCGGUGCAGUCUGGCAUGACAGUGGAGGGGAUCAGGGUGCUCGUUCAGGGUGGGGCCCAUGUGGACUUUAGAACCAGAGAUGGACUGACAGCUGUACACAAGGCUGUCAGGGCACACAAUCACGUUGCACUGCUGGCUCUUCUGUCCCUGGGAGCAUCUCCUAACUACAAGGACCGAUGUAGCCUGACCCCACUGUACCACUCAGUGCUGACAGGUGGCGACACCUCCUGCUGCGAGACCCUACUCUACUACAGGGCCAGACUGGGAGUGAGGGAUGAGAAUGGCUGGGAGGAGUCUCACCAGGCCUGCCAGAAUGGUUUUGCCCAGCACUUGGAGCACCUUCUGUUCUAUGGGGCAGAUACCACUUCUCAGAAUGCCUCAGGGAACACCGCACUUCAUAUUUGUGCUCUGUAUGAUAAGGAAAGCUGUGUUCGUGUUCUGCUCUACAGAGGGGCCAGUAAGGAAAUUAAGAACAAGCAUGGACAAACCCCCUUUCAGGUAGCAGUAAUGUCGGGCCAUUUUGAACUUGGGGAAAUCCUCAAAAACCACAGAGAUGCAGAUGUAGUGCCCUUUCUGGAAUCCCCAAAGUAUGCUCCCAAAAGAGGAGAGAGUGCACGCACGCUCCCUCUCCUCAUGGCUCACCCCUACCCCCUCCUGCGUGCUAACAGUGAUAACAGUAUGACCCUGCCUGACCCCAUGGCCCUAUCCAACAAGGCUGCUGGAGCCAAUCCCAUCCCUGGAAAGGGUCGCAGGGCCUCUGAGGGUGUGAGGAGCUCCAGCAGUCCCAGGGCCCGUACCCACUCCCCGUCGCGAGGAGGAGGGCAGAGUGACACUGAGGAGAGGCAUCAAAGCAAACCACAGCGCGGCAGACAGGGUGCGACCUCAGCGGGUAGUGGCGGGUGGUCAGCUGGGGGUCAGAUGAGGCAUAUGUACAGUGCGGUCCCAGGGCGAGUGUACAUGGCCACGAGGGCCUACACUGCCCACGAAGACAAAGAGCUCAGCAUCAGCAAAGGAGACAAAGUCAAAGUGUUGAGUGUUGGAGAGGGGGGGUUCUGGGAGGGCACAGUGAAAGGUCGUACAGGCUGGUUCCCCUCAGAUUGUGUGGAGGAGGUCGGUCCUCCCAGUAAGGACAAUCGAUCAGAGACGCGCAGUGAGAAAGCCAAGAGGAAGCUGUUUCGUAAUGUCACCAUGGGAGCAUAUGAUGGCGUGGAUGGCCCCAGUGACUACAUCAUUAAGGAGAAGACAGUGCUCCUGCAGAAGAAAGACAAUGAGGGCUUUGGCUUUGUGCUUCGGGGAGCCAAAGCCCAGACUCCUAUAGAGGAGUUCACGCCGACCCCAGCAUUCCCCGCGCUGCAGUACCUGGAGUCUGUGGAUGAGGGCGGUGUGGCCUGGAGGGCUGGCCUAAGGAUGGGGGACUUCCUUAUUGAGGUCAAUGGUCACAAUGUCGUGAAGGUGGGCCACAGGCAGGUGGUCAACAUGAUCAGACAAGGUGGCAACACUCUGAUGGUCAAGGUUGUCAUGGUGGCCCGCAACCCGGAGAUGGAGGACACCAACCCCAGGAAGAAAGUCCCCCAGCAGGCUAAGAGGCUGACUCCUCCUGCCAUUGCCCUGCGCUCCAAAUCAAUGACAUUAGAGCUGGAAGACAUGGUGGAGAAAGCUGCCUCUCCAUGGAAAAAGAAAGCAGAGUACGAGUCCUCCCAGGUGCCUGAUAAGAAGAGGACAGUCUAUCAAAUGGCACUAAAUAAACUGGAUGAGAUCCUGGCAGCAGCUCAGCACACGAUUGCGUCAGACGGACAGGGGCAGCGGGGUCACGGGGGGAAGAGAGAACGAACCAAGAGCAUCGCCCCCAAUGAGCCAAGUCAUGACCAGUUGGUUGGUGUAAUGCCGCCUGGCUUCAACCAGGGUCAGUAUCCCCCCGGCCAUCCGCAUGGAGUAAUGUUGCGACAGAAAUCUAUUGGUGUGACGGAGGAGGAGAGGCAGUCCCUUCACACCCCGGCUAUGAAACUGGCCCGUAGCCUGUCGGAGGACAUCCCCCCUCCCCCCAGCACAUCCGCCCCAGAACCCCCCUUGUCUGCUGGACCCCACACUGCUCGGAGGGAGGAGCAGUGCCCCCAGCCACUGUCCUCCCAGGCCCAGGCCCACUACCAGGCCCUCUCCACCCAACAACAAGCAGCGCAUGAUGCCCAGGCAGGUUGGGACAGUCAACAGCACGGCAUGACCACCACCCUCCAGAGAGGAGGAGGACAACACACAGGGGAUCCCACGGAGGGGACGAGGAGAGGAGGAGGAAAAAUGGGGGCAUUGAGGAGGGGCUACAGUAGUGCUACUCCACCUACAAGUGCAGCUCCCACAACUCAACAGCAACCCCAGCAGCAACAGCAGUCCCAGCAACAUCAAGUGGCGGCCCGGGAGAGGAUCGGCGGGGCAAGCAGGGGCGGGGGAGUCAGGAAGGGCGGGAGGGGCCCUCUAGUGAAGCAGCCCACAGUGGAAGGUGGGCUCGGCAGGCACCACAGAGGGGGGCAAGGCCAGGGGGGUAAAAGCUCCGGGGCCAAAGAGAAGAGCUCCAUCCCCAUCCCCACCAUCAUCGUCAAAGCUCCAUCCACCAGCAGUGGCAGUGGCCGCAGCAGCCAGGGCAGCAGCAUGGAUGCCGAGCAACCGCCUCCCGACAUAGAUGACCCUACCUCCCCCCCUGCCUCUCCCGACACCUCCACCACCCGCGGCCCGCCUUCCACCGUGGUCCCCUCAUCACCCCAGCCCCAUGUCUCCUCCCCCAUGACCCCUUCGACUGUCGCCCCCCAGCUGCCCCCUAACCUGGAGAACCUGGACUUCACCACCCAGUUCGGGGGGGCCUUCGUCGGGGCAGCGCGCCGGGACCGGGAACGUUUCCGUGACAUGAGGAGGAAGAGUGCUUCCUUCUUCCUCUCCUCUGAAGAGGAUGUCCAAGGGGAGGCGGGGGGAGGUGGAGGGGUAUGGACCCAGCCCCUACAGGGGAUAGGGAUCGAUGUCCCCACCCCCCGCCUCCGGCCUUCCAAGUCGAUUGACGAGGGCAUGUUCUCUAGGGACAAUUACAUCCACUACGCCAGCAGUAUGCCCCCUGCCUUUGGGCUACCUGAGUACCACUCCCCUGUGAUGGGCCAGGAUGGCCAGCCCAAGUCCGCUCCCUCCAACUACGGCCCAGGCACUCCAGCCACCACCUUCAUCCACCCUCUGACUGGGAAAGUCCUGGACCCCUCGUCCCCCCUGGGCCUGGCGCUGGCUGCACGAGAGAGGGCCCUCAAGGACGACCGGAGGACCCGACGGGAGGAGCGGCACUUUGGCCGGCAGAUGUCCAGCGUGGGGGUGUUCCCUACAUCUCUCCCGUCUCCCACGCCAUCCCUGUUUUCCACAUCCACUACCACCACCUCACACGCCUCACUGAACCGCCCACAGUCACCCAGGAUAUUACGUUUGGGAGGGGGAGGAGAGAGAGUGGAGAGGGACCAGGCGGCUGGAGCCAGAGAGGGCCUCAGAGUUCGGUUUUCAGAGGACAGAACCAAUCAGUACCAGACCCAAUAUUACCAACAGAGUCCAAGAGACAGGGAGCCACCUGGCCUACCCAUGCAGCCACCCGGCCCGCCGCCUCAGCCUGCACCCCGCAGACCCUCGUUCCUGCAGAUGGAGAGCAGUGCAAACGCUAGCUACAUCCCCCAGUACACCCUCACCGCAGCCCCAGCACACCCACAUGAAGGUGGGGGAGAGGGAGGAGUUGGAGGGGGACUGGGGCUCAUGGUUCUUCCCCCGCCUGCACCCUCGAUAGAUUUGGACGAUGAGUUUGUCUUUGUUGACCCCCUGCCCCCUCCCUUGCAGUUCGCCAACGGCCAAGGCCAGCGAGAAAUGCAGAGGGGGUACCCUCAACAGCAUCAACACUCAGCUCAACACGUCUCUCCCGCCAUGCCACCCACACCGCCCCCCCCCUCUCCUAAAGUACCUCCACCAGGAGGCUUCCCCAACGCCCCCCCUCCCCUCCCCCAGGCAGGGGACUCUGCCGCCUCCAGCCUCACAUCCUACGACAGCGAGGUGGCCAACCUCACCCAGUCAGGUCUAUCUCCCUCCCUUCCCUCACCCCAGAUAUUCCCCCCUUCCUCCACCACUACAGCCACCUCCAUUUUACCCGCACCUGCACCCUCACUCCACAGACCCCAGCCCAUGUCGCAUACACACCCCUUCUUCAGUGACCCCACCGUACCAGUUAACCCCGUUAAUAUGGGUGCCCCUGCUCCCCAAAUGACCUCAGCACAGUACCGCGGCCCGGCCACCCUCACUACAACUAUGACCUACGCCACAACAACGACCAUGACCGCCACCGCCACUGCUACCACAGCCUCUGUGGUGUCGUCAGACUACAACGCGUCUCUGAAAGCCCCCAGAACCGCCAUCAACACUGCAGGCAAGGCAGGAGACCACCACCCCUCCAUGAUGAAGACUGGAGACUGGCAGACAGAGACGGUGGUGGACUCUGGGAUCGAGGAACUGGACAGCCACAACAGCGGCGACCAGCACCUGGACAUACUGGGAGUGAGUGAACUGACAGGUGAGAGAGGAGGAGGAGGAGGAGUAGAAGGGGACGGAUGGGGUGGCGAGCACCCAGAUCCUUAUAUGACCUACUCAGGUGGGCAAGAGUUUGAAGCACACCCCACCAAACACACGACCAAACCAACCGUGUAUCCAAAGACGAUGCAGUACAAAGAGGGCGGUAUCAAGGACACAAGGGAAGCAUUGCGUCGACAGGUGAGCACCAACCCGCCCUACCAGAACACCCCACCACACCCCCAGAGACAGGCUAACCCAGAGGAGGAGGCCAGGAGAGGAGAGGGAGGAGCAGCGGACGAGAGGAAACAACGUAGACAGAGUCGACCCAAGAUGGAGGACGGCUUCGGUUCCACCCUGGCUGCCUGUCUGGAGCGGCCCAACACCUUGGAGCCAAGGGGAUCAACCGAGGGGGUCGACCCGGGACAGGGCCUGGAGCGAGGUGAGGCCCAGAGGGACGGGAUGUCUAUUGAGGGGCGCAGGCUGCACUCGCCACUCUCGGGGAUGAAGGCCAGCAUCAUCAACGAGCUGAGCUCCAAGCUUCAGCAGAUGAGCAAUAAGAGCACAGACGACUGGGGUCAGUCUGAGAUGCGAGGUCAGAGUCCCAUUAGUCUGAGGUCACCCACAAUGCACAGAUAUUCUGGGGAUUUCUCCGCCUCGUUUCAGAGCCCCCCCACAGCCCGCUCCACUUCCCCCUUACCCACCUCCUCCCCGCAGCAUCGCCCGCCAAUCCUCACCCCCAAUCUCACCGCCACCCCCUCCGGCUCGCCCUCCCACCAGCCCACGCUGCAGCCCAACUGGACCCGCUCCCCCUCUCCCCAGAUACCCACCUCCCCCUCUCACUUCUCUCACCCUCCUCUCUCCCCCACCUACUCACCCUAUCCCACGUCACCCAAACACCGCACUAAGUAUCGUGGAGCCAAGAUUUUUGACUUCCAGUGUACCCCUGGUCCAGAGCUGAGGUCGUCUGUGUCACGCCGACGCGCCCCCAGCCCCCUCAUAUACUCCACAGACCGCCCCAGCCCCGCCCCUCCCAGACCCUCCUCCCUCCCCAUCCUCCCCAGCACCCAUGUCUACAACACCCCCUUUGAUUUCCCCUCACCCCUCACCCCUUCAUCCCCAAGCCACACCCUAGGAGACUCUUACAACCCCUCCACACCGCCUCUCUUCCCCACAUCCCCACAACCUCCCAGUGCCCUCCUGGUCUCCCGCUCCCUUUCACCCACCCAGUUCCUCUCCGGCGCCUCCUCGCCCUCCAUGCACAUGCCCCCCUCUCCGUCCUGCCUCAGCUAUCCCCACCACACCCCUCUUCCCCCAGCCAAACCCUUUACCAUCAAGCCCCUGUCCUACUGGACUAGGUGGGACGUGGCCGACUGGCUGGCCUACCUGAACCUGGGGGAGCACCGGGAGCGCUUUUUGGACAACGAGAUUGACGGCUCCCACCUGCCCUCCCUCACCAAGGACGACUUCCUGGACCUGGGGGUGACGCGCGUCGGCCACCGCAUGAACAUCGAAAGAGCGCUGAAGACACUGACUGACAGGCUCUUCUCUCCCAUGCAUGAGCCUAGCCCCUCCCCUGUGCCACAGACUGAGAGAGCGAAAGAUGAGGUGACUCAGAGCUCAGAGAAAGACAGAGAAACAAACUGACUGAGAUGAAAGCUAAAGAAGACCAUUGGACAGGAAGCGAUCGUGAUGGACAAGGCUUAAACAUGCCAAGAGAGAUUUGGUAUGAGUGGAAUACAAUUGUUUGGAAUCUUUCUUGAGAUGAACAUUGAUUACACGUGUUGGUCAAAAGAGGGUAGAAACACUUACGACACACACUCAUGUCUAAAACUAUACUAUUUACACACACUGUACAACUACUGAUGAAUAGGCUUUUAAUUCACACAUGGACACACACACAUUUGACUGGUGAUUCUCACACUCCAUUUGCUGCCUGAGUUACAGUAAAAGGAGAAAUGCUAACAAGAAUCUUGAGAUUGGAGUGCUGCUACCCAUACAGAGAGGGUAAGCCCAUGGAUAUACUAAAGGUGGUGGUGAAGUUCCUCUAAUAAACAGUGAGGGCCAUAUUCAAACUUGUCCUGAGGUUCAUGCGCACACAUUGACUUUACGCGUAUUGCAUCAUGGGAUUGGAAGCUAUGGUUGGAAUGUAUAAACUUCAGAAUAUGGUCAUAAUAUGGAAAGAUACAUUCAUUGGUUUUGUACCAAGUGCUGAUUGCAAUCAUUCAUUUCAAAUAGGUCAGGGUGUUAUUCAUAUUUAAUCAUUCAAAUGUGUGUCUAAUGACAAAUAUUCUAAAAUAUACAAAACAUAUAGUCCUAAAAUGACAUAAUUAUUAUCAUGGUUAUUAUCUUUACAAAGGCUGGCUGGAGUUAUGUCAGAGAGGGGCAAAGGGGAGUCAAAUCUGGGUUUGUUUUUCCCUGAGACACGGCUAUAAGGUGUCCACAGCCAUGUUUGAGAGUUCGCUAUGAACUCAAGUCAUUUUACAUUACACAGCUUACCGGUCAUUCAUUCAUGAUGUUGAUGUUUACGAGCAGAGCACAUGUCCAGGGGAUGUGAGUGUCUUUUGUCCCGUACUCACACACACACACACAGGUGCAACAAUCAAAAAGGGCUUAUACCGUGCGUCUGUCAGUCUUUAUGGUGUCUGGCUACCUUGGCCUUUUUCCUCUGAGUGUUUGUACGCGUACGAAGAUCUGUUCGUCAGCCUGCCUUGUUACCCAUGAUCCUUUACCCACCCUCUGCCCCUCUCUCUUAUGCCUUCUCCGCAACUCAACAGGCCUGUUUUCCAAACAUUUGACAACGUAGAGAUGUAUAUUUUGCACCGGUUGACAAUCCUAACUUUGCCCUAUUUCAUAAACUUCUCUUCGAAAUCUGGAAACUUUCUCAGAUCCACAUAUUUCAGAAAAAGACACACACACACAAACACACACACACACACACACACACACACACACACACACACACACACACACACACACACACACACACACACACACACACACACACACACACACACACAGGCUCUUUUAGAUACCUAUUUGCUAUUGCCUUCGGUGAAAUGCAUUGUAAGGUGAGGAAUACACACAAACUUUUUACACAUAAUUUAUAGGUCUAUAUCAGUGAUGGGCAACUUUGAUGGGGGUGGGGGCCACAAAAUCUGAACUCAUCACGAGGGGCUGCAGUGGCUUACGGGUCUGCGUACCCACAUCCAUACCUACACAUGCAGUCAGAGCUAGCCCUAGCCUUUUUGGGACCUAAGUGACAAGUUUGCUGCAAUUCUACACAUUCGGCCAUGAUGGUGUGGAGAGAAAAUGUAGCAAUUGUAUAACACAUUUCAUGCAAUUCUACUCAUUUUGCCAUAGGGUGGAAAGAAAUGUUUGCAGUUUUUAAUAUAAUAUCUGUGUGAGAGUAACUAAGAAAAUCAAUAGAUAAUCAGUAAAUCAAACAUUAUUACCACAAGUUUAGAUAUCUGGCUGGACUAACUUACCAAUCUAAAACAAUUUAGCUGACAAAGGGCUAAUUGAGUGACUGUCAGUGACUGACCUACCAAAAGCAAAACCCUAACUCAGUCCCCCCCCAAUUAUUUUAAUUUUAAUUUUAGAUAUAUACAGUGCCAGUCAAAAGUUUGGACACACUUACUCAUUCAUGAGUUUUUCUUCUUUUUUGAAAAACUAUUUUCUACAUUGUAGAAUAAUAGUGAAGACAUCAAAACGUAAACCAAUAACACAUAUGGAAUAAUAUAGUCACCAAAAAAGUGUUAAACAAAUCAAAAUAGAUUUAGAUUUUAGAUUCUUCAAAGUAGCCACCCUUUGCCUUGAUGACAGCUCUGCACACUCUUGGAAUUCUCUCAACCAGCUUCACCUGGAAUGCUUUUCCAACAGUCUUUAAGGAGUUCCCACAUAUGCUGAGCACUUGUUGCCUGCUUUUCCUUCACUGUGCUGACCAACUCAUCCCAAACCAUCUCAAUUGGGUUGAGGUUUAGUGAUUGUGGAGGCCAGGUUAUCUGAUGCAGCACUCCAUCACUCUCCUUCUUAGUCAAAUAGUUAAUUGUCCUGUUGAAAAACAAAUUAUAGUCCCACUAAGCGCAAACCAGAUGGAAUGGUGUAUCGCUGCAGAAUGCUGUGGUAGCUAUGCUGGUUAAGUGUGCCUUGAAUUCUAAAUAAAUCAUUGACAGUGUCACCAGCAAAGCACCCCCACACCAUCACACCUCCUCCUCCAUGCUUCACGGUGGGAACCCGACAUGUGGAGAUCAUCCGUUCACCUACUCUGCGUCUCACAAAGACAUGCCGGUUGGAAACAAAAAUCUCAAAUAUGGACUAAGCACAGAUUUCCAAAGGUCUAAUGUCCAUUGCUUGUUUCUUGGCCCAGGCAAGUCUCUUCCUCUUAUUGGUUUCCUUUAGUAGUGGUUUCUUUGCAGCAAUUCAACCAUUAAGGCCUGAUUCACACAGUCUCCGCUGAACAGUUGAUGUUGAGAUGUGUCGGUUACUCGAACUACGUGAAGCAUUUAUUUGGGCUGCAAUUUCUGAGGCUGGUAACUCUAAUGAAUUUACCUUCUGCAGCAGAGGUAACUCUGGGUCUUCCUUUCCUGUGGCGGUCCACAUGAGAGCCAGUUGCAUCAUAGGGCUUGGUGGUUUUUGCGACUGCACUUGAAGAAAUGUUCAAAGUUCUUGGAUUGUUCCGGAUUGACUGACCUUCAUGUCUUAAAGUAAUGAUGUACUAUCGUUUCUCUUUGCUUAUUUGAGCUGUUCUUGCCAUCAUAUGGACUUGAUCUUUUACCAUAUAGGCCUGUCUUCUGUAUACCAUCCCUACCUUGUCACAACACAACUGAUUGGCUCAAACACAUUAAGAAGGAAAGAAAUUCCACAAAUGAACUUUUAACAAGGCACACCUUGUUAAUUGAAAUGCAUUCCAGGUGACUACCUCCUGAGGCUGGUUGAGAGAAUUCUGAGAGUGUGCAAAG